AUGGACAGGGUGGGGGAGGACAUGAGAACCAAGUGCCUCCCCCGCCCGACGGUCCUGGCGGGGGACUUCAACGCCAAAGCCAGGCGUUGGGGUUGCCCCCGGGACAGUCCACAGGGCCUGGCUCUUAUGGAGUGGGCGGCGAGCCUGGACCUUACUCUCCUCAACGUAGGGGUGGGAGAGUACCUGUGUCCGCGCGCAGGGCGAAUCCAUCGUGGACUUAACUUGGGCCACGCGUCCUGCGUGCGGGCUGAUACAGGCCUGGAGGGUGGUCACAAAGUUGGAGUCACUUUCGGACCACCUCUACAUAGAGGUGGUCCUGACCGCCACCCCCCAGGAAGUGUCGGCUCGCCGCCAGGAAGGAGGGAAUACCCCUCCGCGAAGAUGGGCCCUCACAGGGUUGNAAGAUGGGCCCUCACACGGUUGAAGGAGGACGCGUUGUUGGCCUCCAUCCGUGCGGCGAUCUGGGUUUCCGAGGAGCCCGACCUCGGGACCCGGGAAGCAAUCGAGGAGGAAGUGGCGGGACUCGGGGCCAUGAUGGAGAAGGCUUGUGAUGCCGCCAUGCCCCGAGCCCACCGCUUGUCGUUCCGGUCCGCCUACUGGUGGACGGCGGAGAUUGCGGAAAAGAGGCGAUCCGCCGUCCACUGGAGGAGAUUGCUCCAAAGAGCCAGGCGGACCGGCAAUGCCGCACGGACGGAGGAGGCACAGGAGGGCUACCGAGCUGCACGGACCCUCCUGUGCGCGAAAAUCGGGGAGGCGAAGGGCAUUGCCUGGACCGAGCUGCUGGAGACCCUGGACUCCGAUCCGUGGAGGCGACCGUACCGCCUAGUUAGGCGUAAAAUGAAAG